UUGCCAAAAACAACAAAAGAGAAUCAAAAUCUAUCUAUUAACAAUGCACCACAAUCACUUAUAUACAAUAUAAAAAGCCCAACCUCAAAAGCUUGGUAUUUUGGCGCUUCUUGUUUUAACACACUAUACAAACAAAACCCAAUUCUCUUAGAGUCACCAUUAAUCCCAAAGAUCACACCUUUUCAAUGUUUUCAUCAAAACCCACAUAGAAAAUUGAGGGAAAAAAGCACCAAAUCAACCAUGGAAGAAGAGGGUGUGGAGGUGGUAUUGGCUAGAGCCAUUGAAUUGAGAUUAAAGAUCAGUAAUUGUAUUCACAACAGCAACAAGAAUGUCAAUGGCAAUUCUGGUUAUGUUAUUGAGGAAAAGGAGGAGGGUUUUGAAAAAGACGGUGUCAAGGAAAAGAAGCCUAAUUUGCAAAACCCUAAAUCUGAAGGAGCAGAGGAACAGGAUGAUGAUUUAGAGGCUGAGAGGCUUUUGCACAUCUCUGAUGCUCUUGAAUGCCUUGAACAUCAGCUCUCAAAUUUACAGGCUUUACAGCAACAGCAACGUUAUGAGAGAGAAGUUGCCCUCAGCGAGAUUGAACAUAGCCGCAAGAUGUUAUUGGACAAGUUGAAGGAGUACAAAGGGAAAGACUUUGGAGUAAUACAAGAAGCUUCUGCAUUUGCUGGUGAAACAGUGGAGCAUAACAAUGAUCUUUUGCUUCCACCUUAUCCAACCCGUCCUCCACAAUCCCUAGUUGCUGACAAACGUCAUCUGCCAUACCCUUCUACACGUAAGCCUGUGUGGAAUGGUGGUGAAGCGAAGAAGAAUCUGAAUGGGUCAGAUAAGAAUGAGGGAAAUGCCAUGCCCAAAAGCUCAAGCAAAGGACUGGGACAUGUUAUUGGUAUGGCAGCUAAGACGAUGAUCACUGUUCUUGGUGUCAUAUCUGUGAUAAGCUUGUCUGGUUUUGGACCUAAACUUGGCAAUAGAAGCAUACCAUUUAAGAUGAUGAGCUUGUUUCAGCAACCGGCAAAUGAAGAAAAGAGAAACAGAGAAUGUCCUCCUGGGAGAAUACCCAUAUUACAAGACGGGGAAGCUCGGUGUGUUGUGAAAGAGAGAGUUGCUAUUCCUUUCGAAUCAGUGUUUUCAAAGCCAGAUGUAAAUUAUGGUACUGGUUAAUUUUGUAUUCAACGUCCAUCUUCUUUCUAGAGCUUUUUUUUUUAUCAUUUUUGGUACAUUCAUAAUCUAUUUUUGUAUAUUUUAUCGAAGAUUCUAAUUAAAAAUGGCUUACGGUUUUUGUGACGA